AUGCCCGCCGGUACAAUGUUCUCUAAAUUCAAGAGUGCCAAUAUGGCACCCACUUCCCUACAAAGUAUCACAGAUACAAAUCCUAUUAGUCAGUACUUCGAGAUCGGCAAACAAGUGGCCAGUUCAGGCCCGGAAUUAGUGUGGCGGAUACACGAUGGCUACCGCAAAAGUGAUGGCAGGGAAUGUUCUAUAUUUGUCUUCGAGAAGAAAAUCGCAGAAAAGCUUCAUAAACCCCGACGUAAAGAGGCAGUAACAGAACUACUGAGGAACUCUGUAAAGACAAUGGAGCGUUUCCGUCACCCCAAAAUUCUACAAGUUAUUCACACAGUGGAAGAAUCGCCAGAUACUUUGGCUUUCGCUUCUGAACCUAUUUUUGCUAGUCUCUCUAACAUUUUGGCUUUUCAUGAAUCGAAAACUUAUGAAAAUGUGGCCAUGCCUUCGAACAGUGGAGCGACGGGCACGCAAAGCACUCAACAGCAGAAUACAGCAGGGCCCCAGCGGCCAGCUCAUGCGAAGGAGUAUAACUUUUUGGAUAUCGAAUUGAAAUACGGCUUUCUGCAACUGGUGGAAGCAUUAUCCUUUUUGCACUACUCGGGCCACGUGAUUCAUCGAAAUGUGUGUCCUUCAUCUAUAUUGGUAACUAAGCGGGGUACGUGGAAAUUGGCUGGCCUAGAAUUUAUUGAAAGAAUGAAUGAGACUGAUGUAAAUGAGUUAGUUCCUUGUCCGCCUUGGAGUAACAAGGUUUCAAAAAUGGCUCAACCUAAUCUGGAUUUUAUGGCUCCAGAGACUCAAUUAACUUCGAAGGGCAGCCUGCUUAGUGACAUGUUCUCAUUGGGUUUGGUAAUAUGUGCGGUUUUCAACAGCGGACGGCCAAUCAUCCAAGCCGGUAACAUAGUUUCGAGUUACAUGAAGCAAUUGGAGAUGCUGGAGGAGACUGUGCAGAAAAUGUUGCCGCGUGUGCCGGUGCCGCUACAGGAGGCUACCUCUCGUUUGGUUAGUCGAGAUCCCACCGCUCGACCGCCUGCGCAACUCUUGCAAUUGAUUAAAUAUUUUAGUGAUCCCGGUGUUAAUGCGCUCAAGUUCUUAGAUGUGGUCAACAUGAAGGACACAUCGCAGAAAUCUCACUUCUACAAAAACACGCUAAUGGAAGCGAUGCCGCUGAUACCGAGAAAAUUGUGGUGGCAAAAUGUGUGGCCAAUGCUGCAGGCCGAAAUUAGCAAUGGCGAAGUACUGGCAGCGGUUUUGCAGCCCGUCAUUAAACUUAUACAGGAGGCAUCGCCAGGCGAAUACGAGUCCAUUAUGGCGCCAACGAUGAAGGUAAUUUUCGGGUCGCCCAAGUCCAUACAAGCCACUGUGACCUUGUUGGAAAAUUUACACCUUAUUAUAGAGAAGACCGCUCCGGGCGAUGUCACCACCGACAUUAUUCCAAUGCUGUUUUUUGCUUUCGAAAGCUCAACGAUACAGGUGCAGAGCGCUGCUGUUGUGGCAGUUACAAAUGUUUUCGACAAUAUCGAAGAUGUUUCCAUCAGACGCAUGGUGAUUCCAAAGGUGAAAUCUGUGUUCGAAAAAAAUUUAGCGGAUCCUAAAAUUGUGCAAAACGUACUUAUCUGCAUAGAGGGGCUCAUGGACAAACUGGAGCGUGCUCAGGUUAUGGAAGAAGUGCUGCAGCUGCUAGGAGAUGUCCGCAUACCGGAACCGGAUAUAGUGAUGCGUACAGUGCAUAUAUAUCAUAAAAUGGUUGUCGAUAAAACAUAUGGUCUGACGGUGGAGACAAUGGCUACGCAUGUGCUUCCACUAUUGAUACCACACACCGUUAAUCCGGGUCUGAAUCUGGAACAAUAUUGCAUGCUGGUGGAGGUGUUGCAAGAGAUGCUCGAACAAAUUGACCGUCAGCAACGUAAUAAAUUGAAACUGGACAAUCUGUCAAUACCAUCACCGGAGCGCCAUCGUCCACUGCGACAUCAAUUCUCAUCGGAUAACAUGAAUGCCCCUCCAUUCAAUAUACCCAAUUUGCGUAUCGAUCAGCGGAAAACAUCCAGUGCAGAGGAUAUGGCACGCAAGAAUUCUGGAGGUUCAGGUAUGCUGGGCGGCUGGUGGUUCGGCUGCUCGCCGUCAUCACCCGAUAGUAAUUUCCUGCGCGUGGCUAAUGCAUUCCCCAACCGACGACUGUCGGACAACACCUUGAUGACGCCGAAAAUACGCAUUGCACCAUCGUGCGCCUCCUCGCCAGGUGGCACACCGGGCAGCGGGCUGCCAACACGCCGACACUCGAGCAUCGGACCACAGGAACGACGCGGCUCGACAAUCAAUCUGUCGCCGCCUACUACGUAUGGUUUUGGUGCACGCGGUAGCUCCGGAUCGAGUUUGUCGGUACCCUCCUCGUCGGCCUAUGUUGGUGGAUCAAUGCCGAACACCUCAAGCAGUGUGCCGUUUUUAUUAUCGUCCAGUAUGCAAUCGAUACGAUCCAGACGUACCUCAACUGUGCUCUCAUCGGGACCGCUGGGAUCUGGCUCUGGCUUACUACAGCAACUCGGCAGCGGAAUGUACCAGCUUUUCUCCGGUCGAACUUAAGCAAAUUUUUUUACAAGUCACAGCUAUCGCAAUCAUUUUUAACUCACCUAGCAUUCGUUUAGCAAAACGCGACUUACAACUGCACCAAAUUACAACGCGGCGGGCCUCAAAUAUACAAACUGCGACGAAAUGAUGUAUCUCUGAGCAUGAAUUCAUUAUUAGAAAGAGGCAACUGGGCAAUGGGAGCGCGCUAUAGUAACCGCGUAGUAUUACCAGCAGUUUUAAAUAUUCUUCAUACUCACACCAGCUUAACACUCACACAUUAUAUUUUACACAGUUAUUUAUUUAAAUCACUUUUCAACACACAUAAAACUGUAGGUUCAUCCGAAAUAAGUUCGCAUAAUGUCUAACAUGAACGAACCACUUGAAUAAGAAACGCAAUAAUAUAUAUACAUAUAUGUACAUUCAUAUUUUCGAAAUAUGAAACAGCCUAUGCUGUAAAACACCCACACC